ACAGCAGAGUUCAAGUCGGACAGUAAACACGACCGUACUCGUGUGUGACGCCACUUCCGGGAUAAACAUCACCCACUGAACAUAACAAGGGGUCACGUCCUGCGUGUGUUUUCGACUAAUGUGGUGUGGGAUAGCAAUAGUUUUUAAACAAGAGGAAGUGAUAAAUGCUAAGAAGGUUUAUAACAUUAUAAGAGGCGCUCGUAAUGCGGCCAGGUGGAUAGAUAAACUUGCUUCUCCACAGCUGAAACAGCCAGUGUGAACGCCUUAGCUGAGCUCAUACUGCCUGCACACCUUAUUACACUUCAGAGACAAUCGGUGUAUCUCCGUCCAAAAAUGAGCCGAGACGUCCCCAUCCACAGCUGGCCCGGCUCAUAUUACAUUAACAGUGAGAAGCGGUGGGAAAACGGCAACCUGUCUCUCAGUAGAAUCACGUUGAGCUUCGUCUCCAGUCAGAGUAAGGAGAGUCUCGCCAAUGUCCGCCUGUCCCGGAUCAUGGAGAUCAAGAUGGAGUCGUCCAGUUUCAUCUUCAGCACCCUCACAGUGCUCGAGGAGGGCAACGUGAAGCACUGGUUUGGCUCCCUUAAGCCCAACAGGGUUGUGGUUUAUAAUGUGUUGGAGCAUUUCUGGAGAGAGCGCCUCCUGUCCCCCAGCUCAAGGGCCCCAGGGGCUGAGUGUCAGUCCUCCAAAGGCAGAGAGUUGAUCAGCCUGGUGGCAGGAGCCCAAAGGAGACUAGGGGACACUGGGAGUGUCCUCAGCCAUCAAGGAGAGCAGUUUGACAACAUGAUGCAGGGACUGGAGAAGAUUGACUCCGACCUGGGCGUAGCUGAUAAACUAUUAUCACAGUUGGAGUCUCCUUCCUGGUGGCCUUUUGGUAAACUCCCCUGGAAGGCUCAGCAGGAGGCCAAGGCUGAGGAUGCUGCAAGAGCUGCAGUUACUGCCGCUGGUAAGGGGUCUGGUAGAAAUAAGGUGAUUACAAGCAUCCCGGCUGUGGUGUCCAAAGGUGGAGACUCUGACUUGAAGCCUGGAUGUUUGUUGGUGCUGGUUUCCUCCCUGGAGGUUCGAGACACAAGCUGCCAACUACUUCACCGCUUUGAACGGAAUGAAAUCGAUGAAAUAAGGGUGCAUAGUCCUUAUGAGAUCACCGUCAGACAGCGGUUUAUCGGGAAGCCUGAUGUAUGCUACCGGUUCCUGUCUGCUAAGAUGCCAGAGGCACUAUCAGUGUUGGAGAUGCAGUACAAAAAGAAGUUUGAGUUCACAGUCGAGUACACAGCUUUCAAGGCAACUCCAGUUUCAUCUCCAUGUGACACAAAAGGGCCAAUUGGGAGCGAAGGUUUGCUGCAGAAGUGCCAAGAGACAGAGGUUCCACUGGAAGUCCCAGCAGGAGAUUUGUCCCAGUUGCAGGUGCAUGUCCUCCAGCCAUCUGUCAGCCAGGCUGAGGCCCAAGAACUCAAACAGAUGCUGAUGCAGCUGAAGAACCUGGCUCUGGAAGCAGAGACAGAGCUGGAACGGCAGGAUGAAGUUCUGGACGUCCUGACCAGCUCCACGGACCGAGCCACAAUGCACAUAGAUAAGCACACCUGCCGUAUGAAAAGACUGCUGUAGCUGAGAUUCAUGUGGUCACCAUGAUCAUCAUGAGAAAUGCUCUGUAAGCCGUCUCUUUGUCCUUAUGGGAUUGGUACAGCUUGAGAAAACUGAAGUAAAAUACUAGGGAUGUUUCUCAUGUAUUCAUUGAUAAUUCAUAGGAUUUUACGUUGUGUUUGCUGAUGUGUUCACAUGAUGUUGGGGUCAAGUGUCAGUGAUUUCAGGGAAGGACAAUGGAUUGCCUCAGAAAUGCCUGUUUAACACGAAAGAUGUUCACUGAAAUCUGUGAAAUUUGCACAUUUAAGGUUAGGUCAUGGCCUUAAAAGCAUUAGGUAAGUUGCAAGUACUAUUUAUUUUUCAAUGUGAUUUUUUUUUUUGUGUUGCAUUUGAAACCAUUUGUUAUGCAGCCCCCCACCCCCUUGAAUGUGGAGUCUCUAGACCUUAGAAAUUGUGACCAGCAUUGUCAGCAUUAGAUGCUAUUGGCUGGACACAAGUCUCAUGUUUUCACAUCUUGUCUGCAAACACAGCGUUUCAGAUUGUUCAAUAGAUAUUGAAAUAACACCACUUUCUCCAUUUUUUUCUAUUUUUUCAAUCUAUCAUAUCGAAAAGAAAUGCCUGGUAGCCAUUUAGUUCAGAUUAUGUGGAAAGGUGUGCUCUAAAAAUGUAUGUAAAAGAAGUUUCCCUUCACUGGAUUCAGUGCCUGGUAGUAGUGCUCAUGGUUUGUCCUAUUAAACACAAUUUGCUGUGUUUGAGUGGGAAGCCAAUAAGGGAUGUCCUUGUCAGUACACUAGUGGUUAGAAUAAGACUCAGUGCACGUCAAGCCCUCCUAGUGAAGCUGGUAGGUGAAAAUAUAGACAGGUGACUCUGGAUUGUUGGAGAAGACACACUACAGUUUAAAUCCUCCCUUGCUGGGAGUCAGUAACAACUGCAUUAGAGGAUGAAAUGCAAAAAAAUACAUAUUUUCUCUCUGUACACACAUAUUUAAAACAACCUGCAUGUUGUUACAAGACAGAUUUUCCAUUUAAAUGAUUUUAAGGACAAUAGAUAAAGUAGUUUCCGUGUGUCACUGCUCCUCUCUGGACACAGUUUCCCUGUGGCUUACUGUUGCAUGUCUCAAUAUUGCUGCUGUGUAUUGCAUCAAGUGGAAAUGCCCCUUCAUUAUCAGUAUAUAGCAGAAGACUAUAAACAUGCAACCAAGUAAUGGGACUCUUGAAAAUGGUACACAAAACACUCCCUCAGUGUUUUUAAUUAUUGUUCACAAAAUACUCCACAUCCACAUCUACUGUGUAUGUCUUGCUGAAGAUUGAUAUUAUCCUAAAUAUGUAUGAUCUGUAAAGGACUGACGUGUGUAUUGUAAUUCUGUCAUUUCAUUGUGGUCUGUUACCACUGUGAACUUGUAAUUAGCUGUGGUUUAAUCUCAUCACUGUAUAAAUGCUUGAUUUUGCUGAUAAUACCAAGUUUAGCUUGUCUCUGGAUGCAACUAAACAAGUAGCUUUAAGUAAAAGGGAAUUCAUCUCCACCUCCAUCCCAUUCUUAUAGCAUGAACCAUAACUGGUAUUGUAAAUAAUGGAAUCAAUUCCUUUUUAUCAACCAGUUUUACUCAAGUCAUCACUGUUGAAAGUCUGUCAAAGUAUAUAAUUUACAAUAAACUAAAGUUUAA